AUGGCGGCCUACAGCAAACCAUCGCUGCCGUCGAUACCCGGCUACGACCAACCGAGAUACCAAGACGCGACAUUGGAGCCGUACCAACAACCCUUCUCCUCGCAGCAAGCGGACAAAUUUGCGCAACUCAACCAGCAAUCCUUUGGCUCAAACAAUGCAGUCGCUCCUUACAUGCCGGCUGGGCCGACCGUCGUUUCCUGCCAACCAGCAUCGGGCGUCUUUGGAACCAAGGUUUAUCUAAAGAUUUCGGCGCAGUACGAUUUGUUCUCUAUGUCGUCGCCGAUGCCCUACUUUUUCCUACAGUUUGGUACCGAAAAGUGCCCGAUGCAGGAUGUGGCAAGAGACGCUCAAGAUAGCUCAGGCUACAUUUACUCGUGCAGUGCCGAUGCGCCACAGUUAUUGGUCACGGGCUGUAGCUCCAGCAACGUGCCUUUGUCACUAGUUAUCGAAGGUCCGACUGGCGACGAGAUCUCGAGGACCGUUGCUGGCCACUUCCAAUACCUUGAAGGGUCCGGAGAUGGUGUCACGAGAUCCGAUAAGUUACCAAAGAACGAGGCGGGCGCACCUGGCACGCAUGUCGAUCAGCCGGGCCCGUCACCGAAAUCUACAGAGGCUCAGAUCAGCACCGACGCCGCUACAAAUAGCUACGAUUAUUCUUCACAGCCCAGCCAUUAUGCUGCAGCAUUCCCUCAGCCCAACAACGACAUGAUUACGACAUACAGAAGCAACAGCUUUGCCGAGCCCAGCUACGGCGGCCGCCGCUCUUUGGGCUGGAACGGAUUCAACACUCCUCUUGGCAGUACCCGGAGCUCCAUGGGUGGUCUCGAUAGCAUUGGGAGAAACAGCCUGACGCCCAUGUCCAUGUCUGCAUCUUCAGGAAACGCACCGGCACUUAUUCGCACAAGCACCAUCACAAGCGGAAGCAGCGCUGGCAGUCAGUAUGCCGCUAUUUCCUUGUACGCGACCAAGGCCGUCUUGAAGAUCCACGGUAAACUGGACUCCAUGGUCGACAACUGGACGCAUGAAGAGUGGGAAAACCGUCGCCGAAUUGUCGUGUUCAAAAAGUCACAGACUGGCUCUACUUUGACAGCGACCUUCCGUGCAGUGCCCGUCAACGAGCGUCCACAGAACAGCAUCUGCGUUUCGUGCAUCUACUGGGCCGAGAAGAACGAAUGCUUCGUCACCUCUGUGGAUACCAUUCAGCUUCUGGAGCAGCUCGUUGCUGCACCCAACCGCUUCAGCGUGGAGGAGAAGAACCGCAUCCGUCGAAAUCUCGAGGGAUUCCACCCUCUGACCGUUUCCAAAGCCAAGGCAGAAAGUGAAGAAUUCUUCAAGCUCAUCAUGGGCUUUCCCAACCCGAAACCACGAAACAUCGAAAAAGAUGUCAAAGUCUUCCCUUGGAAGGUCCUCGAAGGCGCACUCAAGAAAAUCAUCGGCAAGUACAGCGCAAGCCCGAGCAGCCAAAUGCCGCCAGCGAGCAUGAACGCUCCGAUGAACCCGGGUCCGUACGCACCACUACCAACACCUCCCGCUCAGCACAUGGCACCGCACUCGGGCAUGAGUUCGCACCAUGGCGACCCGCACAGCCAGUACUCGAUUCACCAAAGUCAUCAUGAUGCUGUGCCGUCCCCGCGGUCGCUUUCUGGUUCUCAGGCCAGCUGGCCACCAUAUACCACGGCGUCUUACCCCAGCGUCGCACGCACCAUGAGCCCGAACAUGCGCAACCAGAGUCCUCACCAGCCACCUCCUAUGCGCAUCAACACCAGCGCGCUUCCCGCCGUCAGUACGUAUGACAGCCGAACACUGUCGACUGGUAGCUAUGGCCACAGUGGAUUACACACGCCCAUUAGCCACCACCCGUCUGCCGCCACGCCUCCAAGGUGGGAUGCGGCUCCAGCAAGCUAUGCGGAGAGCUAUUCGGGACUCUCAUCCCAGCACGGACACUCCAGCCAGCCCAUGUAUAAUGGCGCUGGGUACAGCGACGGCACAUCUCGUGCCUAA